CAAAGAAUAAGGAUGACUACCUCUUGGCCGCGUGACAUAACAUUGAAUUGAAUAUUCCUUUUCAUUUCCUCACAAAUCGAGUCUCCACCCUCUGACUCCACCCUGCAUACCGCUUGACUUCCCGCCUAUGACUCUAUGCCAGUAAGAGAAUUAUUAAAAACAGACUUGAAACAGUACGGUGGUUUGUCUUCGAUCUGCAGCAAAGUGUUCACAAAGCAUCCAGACCUGGAAGUAAUUCUUCAACAUCCUGCUUGAAUUAGUGCUUUGCAGCAGGAAGAAACAUGAGACUGCAAACCUUCUCAAGAGCACAGAUCCUGCAUGAGUUUGAGUCUAAGUGCAAGGCGCUCUCUGCUUCUGACAACAGAGGAUUCAAGCAAGAAUUUGAGGAGCUGAAGGAUGUCGGCAAAGAUCUUUCAACCAAGGCGGCCGACUUGGAGGCUAACAGGGAAAAGAACCGAUACCCAUAUAUAUUGCCAUAUGACCACUGCCGCGUAAGGCUAUCUUUUCAAAACUCCCUUCCCAAUUCUGACUACAUCAAUGCCAAUUUUGUACCUGGUGGAAGAUCUGAGAGAGACUUUAUCUGCACCCAGGGUCCUAUGCGCGACACCAUGAACGAUUUCUGGAGGAUGGUGUGGGAGCAGAAUGUCAGGAUAAUUGUCAUGGUGACAGCUCUGAGAUACAGAGACUUGGUACUAUGUGAUGAGUAUUGGUCUCUGCAACCAGGAACAGUUUAUCACGGCCCUUUCCAAGUGACAACAAUGGCUCGGAAACAAGGCCCAGACUACUUUAUCUCCACCAUUAACAUCAGACAGAGAGACUGUCCAACAGAUCGGAUCCUAACACACUACCACUAUCCAUCCUGGCCAGACCGGGGCGUCCCAAAAGACCCGUCGUCACUCUGUGCCUUCACAGAUCAUGUGCGACAGCAUUUGGAAACCAUUCCACGUUUGGGCCCGGCUGUUGUGCACUGCAGCGCUGGCGUAGGCCGUUCAGGGAGCUUCGUCACACUGCUGUGGCUGAUGCAGCUGUGUGUUAGGGGGAUACGUCCUGAUAUACGAGCUACUGUGACUGACCUACGACUUCAUAGAAUGUGGAUGGUCCAGAAUCUGGAGCAGUACAUAUUUGUUCAUCAGUGUCUCCUGUACUGGUUAAGCGGUGGGAAGUCCUCAUGGUCAUCAAGUUUUACACACUCAGAUCAGGCAAACCGUGAGUUGAGGAGGAGAAAUCGCCAUCAGAGACAGAUGCAUCCAUCUGAGCAAAACAGUAUAUUGCAGCAAUUUUUACAACCCGGGAAGCUACUGCGAAGGCUGUUACCCUCUUAAUCAGAUAAAUCCUACUCUACGUGCCUCUUGACAUUAUAUGAUGUGGCAUAAUGUGACAAUUCUAAGUGGGCAGGACUGACAGGGACCUUAAAAAAAAAGUAUUUUCUGUUUGCAGCUUUGGAGGGCCCAAACAGCACUCCUGCUUGAUAAAACCAAAGUAACUCUUGCACAUGAGCAAUAGGGAAAAACCUUCCCAGCAGGUUAAACCUGUUAAAAAUACUGUUCGGAUGUCAAGCGAACAAAGCAGCUGCAUUUGCACGAAAAUUGUCAGACCUAAUGAUGCUCACGCAUGUCAUUAUUGCACAAUUUUCAACUCAUGAUUUUUGUAAGUCAUUUUAAAACUGUGAUUUCUUUCUUAAUUAAA